CUUGUGGCAAGCUACAGUGUCGCGACGACAAACUCUCAUCAGACUACCGAAAGACCUCACCUCAUCCACCAUGUCGGGUCUAGUCAACUACAACUCGGACUCCGAUUCCGAAACCGAAGACAGCCCUGUCGCUCCCGCCGCCCCGACCGCAACGACAACCAGCCAACCCGCCACCACAAAAAAGCCGUUCCAAAAGCUGAUCGACCGCAGCAAUCCGGGCAAAAUAGUCGUCAGCCUACCGCAGUCUUCAGGAUCAGAUGAGCCUCCUGCCAAGCGGGCCAGGACAGAAGGCAAAGGGGGCGGACUCUUCAGCAGCUUCAGGUCGGCUCUGCCUGCUCCAAAAGAGACAGCCCCGCCGGCUGUCGCCAAGUCGACGGCAUCGGCAUCAGCAUCAGGAGGAGGGGCGCGGGCGGUUCCGUUCAGCUUUUUCAAAACGAGCUCCGAAGCUGCCUUUAGUCGUGAGCCCGUCGCGAGCCAGCCUGCAGAUGCAGAGGAUGACGAGACUGCAGAGCUAGGAGGAGGGCCGGGUCUCAAGCUUAACCUACCUCCACCCAAGUCGCAACAGGCCGCGACAACCUCUGUAGACUCUUCGACAUCGGCAGACCCGAAACCAGAGCCGGAGAAGGAAGUGAAGCUGGUUGGCAAGCCGCUGAUGUUUCGGCCGCUGUCGGUGGCCAGGAAGCCCGCUGGCAAGAAGAACACUGCCGCCAAGCCCAAAAGCAUACCGGCUGCAGCACCACCAAAGCAGCCGGCAGAACUUGCAGAGUCCAAGACUGCUGGUCCCCCUGCAGCACCACCGAAAAAGAAGCAAAAGGUUUCAUUGUUUUCUCUCGGCGAAGAUGCAGCCGAGCCAGCAGGAGAGCCGGAGCCCAGCACGAAUAGCUACGCACCCAUGUUCGAGGACAGCGUGACGGAAGAUGCUGUUUACUCAGAUUAUGCAUCCUACCAGCCUCCAGAAGCGUACGCGCAGCCCACAUCGGUCGCCGCGGGCAGCCAGGAUCAGUCGUUGGACAGCAUCGCGAACGACCUCAACCUGUCAGCUGCUGCCAGGCGUGAGUUGUUUGGACGAGGCGGCUCAGCGGCCGCGCAGUCGGCAACGGCUUCCAAGGUUAUCAACUUUAAUCUGGACCAAGAGUACCGGAGCAACGAGGAGAUGCGUGCCUCUGGGGAGCUGCAGGCGCCAGCCAAGGCCGUCAAGGGGAUCGCGCCAGGCAAGCACAACCUGCGCCAACUUGUCAAUGCCGUCCAGAGUCAACGGGAGGCUCUCGAAGACAGCUUCGUCCAGAACAAGGCCAAACAGGCGGAUGCAUCGUCAAGAUAUGGCUGGCGAUGAGUUGGCUUUUUGGGUUCAUGCUUGGAGAAUUGAGCUCAAGGAUACAAGUUCCACACCGAAUAUUAGCAUUGCCGAUUCGACUAUCAGACGGUUGGUAUCUGCAGCAUCAUCACAUGGUACAACUUGGAGCAUCACCGCGGACCGCUUGGGUGAAAAACAUUUAAUCCCAAGGUAUCAUCACACGCCAUAAACUCCCGCUAUCGCUACAUACUGUCUGUCCGUACAUGGGACAGCUGAAGAGAGAGAAAUACAAAAAGAAAAAAAAAUCAUCAGAUAAGAAAAUUGCAACAAAGGCUUAUGAGGCAGGCAGUCAGUGUGUCUAACACGUCUCUACCGCCGCGGUUCUAGUCUUCCAGGCAUCGGUCGCACGAAGAAACUCCCACUCAUUUCUAGUGAUGGGUGAAACAUCAUCAUACCCUCUCGGUGUGGGCGGGCCGAGGUGGUUGUCAACCGGAGACGCAGGGGCGCAGUAGCUCUGCCUCCGGUUGAGGAUCUCAUCGAUGGAGAACGCCGGUGUCAUUUUCCACGGCGGCAGUUGCGGAGGGUUCUCGGUAGGCCUGGCGGUGGGGAUGUCGCUCUCGUCGAUGUAAAAGCUCAUGAUGGAGUCUCCGAGCUCGCAGCCACCCGAUUCGGACUCGCUGUCGCUGUAGAUGGCCUCGUCGCAGGUCAUGGCGAUGCCGAUGGCCACCUCCACGGGCGACUUUUGCGACUCGAGGUCUAUGGCGGGCUUCCUGACGGGCCCGUCGUCAAAUGACGUUUGGAGCCUCAGCACCGGGACCUUCGGCUGCUGCUUGGGAGCUGGGGGCGUAUGGGGCGCAGUGAACUGGAAUCCAGCCAGCAGCGACGCGUCCAUUGGCGCCUCCAGCUCUGCAAUCUGGGGCCGCACAGGCUCGGCAACUCCGACCUUGGCGAGAUAACUCGCCGUCCUGACCUUUGGGGUGAUGGGUGAGACUUCAUCAUCUGGGGCCGCGACCAGGAAGUGCUCCUCGUCGCAGACGCCGCACGUUCUGUUCCCAACCCUGAACUUUGUGUUUCUCUCGUUGUUGUUGGUAACGUUGGAGGCAAGCACAAUGGGUAGGGACAUGGAGCCAUCGCUGCUGUUGAUGUAGUUGAUCAUGCCGUUGCACACGAUGCCCGACUCUCCGGAGGGACCACCGUAGGCGCGACGGUACAUGCGGGCGACGUCGCGCAGGCUUGUCUCAGCAAAGGGGACGUGUGAAUAUGCCGAGACGAGAUCGGGGCGCUGCAGCGGCCGCCUGCCAUUGGCGAGGACGUACCUCCUCAGCUCGUCGACCGCGUCCUCGAGGUGCAUGGGGUCGUCGGUGCGCGAGUAGGCCGCCAGCGCCUUCUUGAAGGUGUACAGCCGAUCGAGCGAGACCAGGGUCAGGCCCUCGGCGGAGAACAUGACCUCGCGCUGCCUGAGCGACCGCCUCAUGAGCUCCUCAGUGGCCUUGACCUCGACGGGCUCCAUGGGGAAGUGCAGCCAGUCGGUGCCGAUGCCGAACCGGCGCUCGGCCUUGUCGAUGGUCUCGCGCAGCGUCCGCUCCGUCCUGCUAUCAAUAGCUGUCGCCCGCACCAGGUAGAUUCCGUACUCAUUGGGCGCCUGCGUGCUCCCAGAGGCGGCGCUGCUGGUGGUGGAUGUGGCGGAAGGGGUAGAUGGCAUGCUGGGGAUCAGGCCGGGGCUCUCGAGGGGUGGCGGGGGCCGGAACAGCUGCCUCGUAGCCAGGUUGAUGCCGGGGCUAUCCGCCGAGGCUCGCCUCUGCAUGUCAGGCAUUACUGCGGCUGAGCUCAUUUGUGAAGCCAGUAGCGGCUGCGUGUUUGACCGCGCCCUCAGCUGCUUGAGCUUAAAGGCGGACAUACGCGAUGAACCGGUGGUUGCUGCCCGCGACGGUGCGCUGUCGGGCACCUUGGAAGGUGCUGCAAGUGGUGCGGCCAGUUCCGCCGGUUGCUGCGGCGGCACUGACGCGCGGGUCUCGUCCCUGGGAAGCUCACAUUCCCUCUUGACGACGACGAGCGGGAUGUGUAGGCCCUUGCGGGCGAGGCGGCUCGAGACGUAAUCCAAGGCCGAGUUCACGUGAGAUGGGAGGCUUUGGGCGUCGAGGAUCGACGUGCCGGCUUCUAGUGGCGCCGAGAUGCGGUGCUUGAGAGACGACAUGGUGUAAAAAAUGUCUUGUCGUGUCAACGACAAAGAAGAACGUAAUGAUGUAGGGUGCUCGGCUAUCUACUUUGUGCUCUCCUUUAUUUUUCUCACCCUAUAAUGUAUGACACUGAGUUGAACAACUUUGUAUUCCCUCUGUCAGGUUCAGAGUAGGAGUAAGAGAGGCUUCGUGAGAAUGAAAUUUGACAAAGUAUAACAGUAAAACAAAUAGAAGAUCGGCGGUUUGAUGAUGCUAUAUACAAAAGG